UUGUAUAUAUAUAUAUAUAUAUAUAAAUAUCUAAUUGCCAGAAAACGCUUGUCAGCGCGCUCCUCUGCAAUUCAAAUAAAAAAUCAAGCGCAAAACACAAGAACAACAAACCCUAACCCUAACCACAAACACCCACUGAACGACACAAUGAUUCUAACAAUCUUCUACAUCUCUUCUAUCAUAUCUCUCAUUAUUUUUCUCCUGUUUUGAACCUUGGAUCCAAAAUACCCAGUACAGUUGUUGGGUCACAGCUAAAAAUCUUGUUUUGAAUCGACAUUUUCUUGUUAACAAUGGAGGAAGAAGGGGGUUUGCAAAGCGUUUCAGAUGGGUCUUGUUUGGUCUCCAGAUCUGAGUCAAAGUUAAUUGCGGCGCAGAAACGGAGUAGCAAUGAAUUUGGAGAAAAAUCAGAAGUGGGUCAUAAGCGAGUGAAAAUGCGAGAUCUUGAAUCGAUGCUCUCUUCCGAAGGAUUUGAUACCCAUUAUCCAAAAUCUUCGAAAAACAAAGAAGCCAAUGACUCUUUUCUCUUGGCUGAAGAAGAGAGGUCCCAAAACAACAAGGAGACUGUAACCAUGAAUUCAAAUGUUGCUCAGGCAGGAAGAAGAGGAAGGGACACCUUACCACCACCUGUUGAUCCUUUCCCCAGAUCCCUUGAUCUUAAUAUCAAAGUUUGUGUUCCAAACAGUUCAGCAGAAGAUGUUUCUAGCUCAGUCAACCGAGAUCCGUUUUAUCCUUACAAAAAUCUUGAACAUUUGAAAAUGAGAGAUGCUUCAGAGUGUGGGAGUACCACUGGCCCAUCAGAGGAGAAAGAUCCAAUGAGAGUAUGGAAAGAAAUGAAGCAAAAUGGUUUCAUGUCACAAAAUGGUUCCAUGUCAUCUUCUCAUGGAGGCAUACCAGUGCCGAAGCAGCGUGGGAGGAAAAGUAAAAAUGAUGGACUUAAGAAAAAGAUGGAGCUUGCCAAGAGAGAACAGGUUGACAGGUUUGCAAAGAUUGCUGCUCCAAGUGGACUGCUGAAUGAUUUGAACCCUGGGAUCAUAAACCACGUGAGAAACAGUAAGCAGGUUCAUUCAAUAAUAGAGGCUCUAGUAAGGUCUGAAAAACUUGAUAAUCGCCACAUUGGAAGCAAACAGGGAAUUCAAAUGAAGAGUGGAACUAAAGACAUUAGUGAGAGGAAAAAGGACUUGGAAAAUGUGAAUGGAUCAGGAAUGAAUCGAUACAAUCUUUCUCAUGAUGAUGAAUCCUUGUAUACCUUAUCAGAGAGCCAGCAAACAAGAGGGUGCUCAAUUUCUUUUUGUGAAUCAGAAAACUUGAUUUCAGAGCGAAGGUGGGGAGAUGGUGAUUCUAGCAUGGUGGGCAGAAGGGUUUUUGGUCAUACUUUUUGUCCCUCACAUUCCAACCCAGACACCGAGGGUGAUAUACUUGCGCUGAAGUUGUCAUCAUCUACAACCAUGGCAUCAGAGAUUACCAGCUCUUUAUCUAAUGAGGAGUCAGGGAACCUGACCAGUGUUUCCUCUCUUUCUGUUAAAGCUGCUAAUGUAGCUUCUCAAUGGUUGGAACUUCUUUUUCAAGACAUUAAAGGACGGGUUUUAGCACUGCGGCGCAGUAAGAAAAGGGUUCGUGCCGUUAUUAAUACGGAAUUGCCUUUCCUAAUGUCAAGAGAGUUCUCGUCUAAUCAAGAGAAUGAUCCAUAUGUUAUGAAAAUUUCCGCUGGUGGAUGCUCAGACAUUGCAACUGCUGACAUGCAUCGAGCAAGGUGGGGUGCUCUAUUUGAUCAGAUGGAUAAAGCACUUUCUGAAGAAGAGAAACAAUUGGAAAGUUGGUUGAGCCAAGUAAGAGAAAUGCAGUUGCACUGUGAAAGGGGCCUUCAACAUUAUCACAUUGCAGCAAAUGGUUUGCAACAGCUGGGAACAUUCCAAAACGAUUCCAAAUCCGAGAGAGCAGAUCAUUUAGAAAGGGAAAUGGCUGUUAGGGCAGCUGCAGCUUCCAUAUAUUCAACUUGCAACUUUCUAUUGUCAAUGGAAAAUCUACCCAGUUGCUGAUUGUUCAACUCCCAGUUGCACCUAAUGUCAACCUUUUCCAUUACAUUGAACAUUUUUCCUGAUUCUAAUAUUUUUGAUCUCCAUGUGCAUUUAGUAAAUUACUAACUAGGACUGUUCAAGAAGCUCUGUGGAGUUGUUGAGUUUGUUGAUGUAUUUCUUUUUUCCUGGUGAAAGGUAAUAGAUGUAAUACUAGAAGUUGAGUUCAUUUAUAA